AUGACUCUUCUUCAGCCCAAUGCCUUGGUACUUUGGCUUUGACUGUUGAUGGUAACAAGUUCAGUUAACACAGAUAAACCUGAAGAGAAAAUUUAUUCCUGCCCAAUAAUUCAGUGCAGUGCUCUUGCAGUCAAUGGCUUACCAGGCAGAGAUGGAAGAGGUGGUCCCAAAGCUUUGAUUUUAAAGAACAUUGAGAGUAUUGGUAAAAAAGUAUUUGCUUCAACUGGAAAAGAAGAUACUUUUGACAACAGAAAAUCCCUUUGUGGGAAAGCUGAAAGUGUACUCUCCUAUUCUAGGACUGAGGCUGAGAAGGCAGCUUUAAAAGACUUAGUAAGAGCUCCAAAGCAGGCUUACCUGGGGAUAUCUGAUGAACAGACUGCAGGCAGGUUCAUGUAUCUGAAUGGAGGGACUGUAACUUACAGAAACUGGAAUGCUGGAGAACCAAAUAAUUUAAAAAAUGAAGGCUGUGCAGUAAUACAAGACUCUGGAAAAUGGAAUUACGUUAAUGGUUCAAAUUCACAUGCCUUAAUUAUUUGUGAAUUCUUGAGAUGGUGA